CAGUGGCUGAGCCUUGUGUUUUCCUAAGAUAGCAGCUCAAAGUAACAGAGAAUUCGCUGAUUGGAAAGUCUAGUGGGAAGAGCAGGGCCACCACCUGGCCUUUCCCCUUCAGGGUCCUGGAGGUGGUGUGUGUUUGGAAGCAUUUAAAAUGUGUUGCUGUUGUCGGUGUGAUUCUUACUUCCACGGGUACCUGGUGUUGAUGGCUGGAUCAGUCAGGGUUCCCCAGAGAAACAGAAUGGGGUACGAGUGCGCAUGCGCACGUGUACCGAGAGGGAGACAGCGAUUGAUUUAAGGAAUCGCCCCAAGCGAUUGUCCGAGCUGGCAAGUCUGAAACUUGUGGGACAGGCUGAUGAGAAAAAGAAAACAAAGAAAGUUGAUAAUGAACUCAACCCUGUCUGGAAUGAGAUACUGGAGUUUGACUUGAGGGGUAUACCACUGGACUUUUCAUCUUCCCUUGGGAUUGUUGUGAAAGAUUUUGAGACAAUUGGGCAAAAUAAGUUAAUUGGCACAGCUACCGUACCCCUGAAGGACCUGAUCGGUGACCAGAGCAGAUCACUGCCGUACAAAUUGAUCUCCUUGCUAAACGAAAGGGGGCAAGACACUGGGGCCACCGUUGACUUGGUGAUCGGCUAUGAUCCACCUUCAGCUCCACAUCCGAAUGACCCGAGUGGGACCAGCGUGCCAGGCACGGGAGGAGAAGGGGGUGAAGAUGAAGAUGAUGAAGACAGGCUGGAUAGUCCAGUCAGGGGCCCGGGGCCCAGGGGCCCAGCUGGGACGGUGUCGGAAGCUCAGCUUGCUCGGAGGCUCAACAGAGUGAAAAACAGCCGGCGGAUGCUGUCCAACAAGCCCCAGGACUUCCAGAUCCGUGUCAGAGUGAUUGAGGGCCGGCAGUUAAGUGGCAACAACAUAAGGCCUGUGGUCAAAGUCCAUGUCUGUGGCCAGACACACCGAACGAGAAUCAAGAGAGGGAACAAUCCGUUUUUCGAUGAGUUGUUUUUCUACAAUGUCAACAUGACCCCCUCUGAGCUGAUGGAGGAGAUCAUCAGCAUCCGGGUUUAUAAUUCCCACUCUCUGCGGGCAGAUUGUCUGAUGGGGGAAUUUAAGAUUGAUGUUGGAUUCGUUUAUGAUGAACCUGGUCAUGCUGUCAUGAGAAAAUGGCUUCUUCUCAAUGACCCGGAAGAUACAGGCUCAGGCGCUAAAGGUUACAUGAAAGUCAGCAUGUUUGUCCUGGGAACUGGAGACGAGCCUCCCCCUGACAAACAAGACCGCGAUGGCGACUGUGAUGAUGUGGAGAGUAAUUUGUUACUCCCUGCUGGCAUCGCCCUCCGGUGGGUGACCUUCCUGCUGAAAAUCUACCGAGCUGAAGAUAUCCCCCAGAUGGAUGAUGCCUUCUCACAGACAGUGAAGGAAAUAUUUGGAGGCAAUGCAGAUAAGAAAAACCUUGUGGAUCCUUUUGUAGAAGUUUCCUUUGCUGGAAAAAAGGUUUGCACAAAUAUAAUUGAGAAAAAUGCAAACCCAGAGUGGAAUCAGGUCGUCAAUCUUCAGAUCAAGUUUCCUUCAGUAUGUGAAAAAAUAAAACUAACAAUAUAUGACUGGGACCGUCUUACUAAAAAUGAUGUAGUUGGAACAACGUACCUACACCUCUCUAAAAUUGCUGCCUCUGGUGGGGAAGUGGAAGAUUUAUCAUCCUCAGGAGCUGGGGCUGCAUCAUACACAGUAAAUACAGGAGAAACAGAGGUGGGGUUUGUCCCAACAUUUGGACCUUGUUAUCUAAACCUUUAUGGAAGCCCCAGAGAGUACACGGGAUUCCCAGACCCCUACGAUGAGCUGAAUAGUGGAAAGGGAGAAGGAGUUGCCUACAGAGGCAGGAUCUUGGUUGAAUUAACCACUUUGCUUGAGCAGACACCACCAGAUAAAAAGCUUGAGCCCAUUGCAAAUGAUGACCUGCUCGUUGUUGAGAGAUAUCAGCGAAGGCGGAAGUACAGCCUGUCUGCUGUCUUUCAUUCGGCCACCAUGUUGCAAGAUAUCGGUGAAGCCAUUCAGUUUGAAGUCAGCAUUGGAAACUACGGCAACAAGUUUGACGCGACCUGUAAGCCUUUGGCAUCAACCACUCAAUACAGCCGCGCCAUAUUUGAUGGGAACUACUAUUAUUACUUGCCGUGGGCCCACACAAAGCCAGUUGUUACCCUGACUUCAUACUGGGAGGACAUUAGUCAUCGCCUGGAUGCAGUCAACACUCUCCUAGUUAUGGUAGAACGGCUGCAAUCAAAUGUAGAGGCUCUAAAAUCAGGGAUACAAAGUAAAAUUCCUGAAAACCAGCUGGCUGAAUUGUGGUUGAAGCUGAUAGACGAAGUUAUAGAAGACACGAGAUACACGUUGCCUCUCACAGAAGGAAAAGCCAAUGUCACAGUUCUGGAUACUCAGAUCCGAAAGCUGCGGUCCAGAGCGCUCUCCCAGAUACACGAGGCCGCUGUGAGGAUGAGGUCUGAGGCCACAGAUGUGAGGUCCACACUGGUGGAAAUUGAAGACUGGCUUGAUAAAUUAAUGCAGCUGACUGAAGAGCCGCAGAACAGUAUGCCUGACAUCAUCAUCUGGAUGAUCCGGGGAGAGAAAAGGCUGGCCUACGCACGCAUUCCUGCACACCAGGUUCUGUACUCCACCAGCGGCGAGAGUGCAUCUGGGAAAUACUGUGGGAAAACCCAGACCAUCUUCCUGAAGUAUCCGCAGGAAAAAAACAGCGGCCCAAAGGUGCCUGUGGAAUUGCGAGUGAACAUCUGGCUGGGCUUGAGUGCUGUUGAGAAGAAGUUUAAUAGCUUUGCAGAAGGAACUUUCACCGUCUUUGCUGAAAUGUAUGAAAAUCAAGCUUUCAUGUUUGGAAAAUGGGGCACCUCUGGAUUAGUGGGACGUCAUAAAUUUUCUGAUGUGACGGGAAAAAUAAAGCUCAAGAGGGAAUUCUUUUUGCCUCCAAAAGGCUGGGAAUGGGAAGGAGAUUGGAUAGUGGAUCCUCAAAGAAGCUUGCUGACCGAGGCGGACGCGGGUCACACGGAGUUCACUGAUGAAGUGUACCAGAACGAGAGCCGCUACCCCGGGGGCGAGUGGAAGCCUGCAGAGGACACCUACACCGAUGCGAACGGUGAUAAAGCAGCAUCACCCAGCGAGCUGACUUGUCCUCCAGGUUGGGAAUGGGAAGAUGACGCGUGGGCGUACGACAUCAAUCGAGCAGUGGAUGAGAAAGGCUGGGAGUAUGGAAUUACCAUUCCUCCUGAUAAUAAGCCCAAGUCCUGGGUUGCAGCAGAGAAAAUGUAUCACACUCAUAGGCGGCGAAGGCUGGUCCGGAAACGCAAGAAGGAUUUAACACAGACGGCUUCGAGUACUGCAAAGGCCAUGGAAGAAUUUGAAGACCGGGAGGGCUGGGAAUAUGCUUCUUUAAUUGGCUGGAAAUUUCACUGGAAACAGCGUAGUUCAGAUACCUUUCGCCGCAGACGCUGGAGGAGAAAAAUGGCUCCUUCAGAAACACACGGUGCGGCUGCCAUCUUUAAACUUGAAGGUGCCCUUGGGGCAGACACAACGGAGGAUGGAGAUGACAAGAGUGGGGAGAAACAUAAGCACAGCGCCACCACUGUGUUUGGAGCAAACACUCCCAUUGUUUCUUGCGACUUCGACAGAGUCUACAUCUACCAUCUGCGUUGCUAUAUCUAUCAAGCCAGAAACCUCAUGGCUUUAGACAAAGAUAGCUUUUCAGAUCCAUACGCUCACGUCUCCUUCCUCCAUCGAAGCAAAACCACGGAGAUCAUCCACUCCACCCUGAAUCCCACAUGGGACCAAACAAUUAUAUUUGAUGAAAUUGAAAUCUAUGGAGAACCGCAAGCUGUCCUUCAGAACCCACCCAAAGUUGUCGUGGAACUUUUUGACAACGACCAAGUGGGCAAAGAUGAAUUUUUAGGACGAAGCAUUUUCUCUCCUCUGGUGAAACUACACUCGGAAAUGGACAUCACGCCCAAACUCCUCUGGUACCCAGUAAGGAACGGAGACAGGGCCUGUGGGGAUGUCCUUGUCACCGCAGAGCUGAUCCUGAGGCACAAGGAUGGCUCCAACCUCCCCAUUCUUCCCUCUCAAAGGGCACCGAAUCUGUACAUGGUCCCCCAGGGGAUCAGACCCGUGGUUCAGCUCACUGCUAUCGAGAUUCUAGCUUGGGGCUUAAGAAAUAUGAAAAACUACCAGAUGGCCUCUAUCACAUCCCCCAGUCUUGUCGUGGAGUGUGGAGGGGAGAGGGUGGAGUCGGUGGUGAUCAAAAACCUGAAGAAGACGCCCAACUUUCCAAGUUCUGUUCUCUUCAUGAAAGUGCUACUGCCCAAGGAGGAGUUGUACAUGCCUCCGCUGGUGAUCAAGGUCAUCGAUCAUAGGCAGUUUGGGCGGAAGCCCGUGGUUGGCCAGUGCACCAUCGACCAACUGGACCGCUUUCGCUGCGACCCUUAUGCAGGAAAGGAAGAUAUUGUGCCACGGCUAAAAGCCUCCCUUAUGUCUGCCCCACCCUGCCGGGACGUUGUUAUCGAAGUAGAAGACACCAAACCACUACUGGCUUCUAAGUGCUUAAGCAGUAUGUCAACAGCACUCAGCAAAAUGGCUUCUCCAACGACAGUGCAUCUGUCAGAAAAGGAAGAAGAGGUCGUGGACUGGUGGAGUAAAUUUUAUGCUUCCUUAGGGGAACAUGAGAAAUGUGGACAAUAUAUUCAGAAAGGCUAUUCCAAGCUCAAGAUAUAUGAUUGCGAACUAGAGGAUGUAACAGAAUUUGAGGGCCUGACGGACUUCUCGGAUACUUUCAAGUUGUACCGAGGCAAAUCAGACGAGAACGAAGAUCCUUCUGUGGUAGGAGAGUUUAAGGGCUCCUUCCGCAUCUACCCCCUGUCGGAUGACCCCAGCGUGCCAGCCCCUCCCAGGCAGUUUCGGGAAUUACCUGACAGCGUCCCACAGGAAUGCACGGUUAGGAUUUACAUUGUUCGAGGCUUAGAGCUCCAGCCCCAGGACAACAAUGGACUGUGUGACCCUUACAUAAAGAUAACGCUGGGCAAGAAAGUCAUCGAAGACCGGGACCACUACAUUCCCAACACUCUCAACCCGGUCUUUGGCAGAAUGUACGAACUGAGCUGCUACUUACCUCAAGAAAAGGACCUGAAGAUUUCCGUCUACGACUACGACACCUUCACCCGUGACGAAAAAGUGGGAGAAACAAUUAUCGACCUGGAGAACAGAUUCCUUUCCCGGUUUGGGUCCCACUGCGGCAUCCCUGAGCAGUACUGCGUUUCUGGAGUCAAUACUUGGCGAGACCAAUUGAGACCAACACAGUUGCUUCAAAAUGUGGCCAGAUUCAAAGGCUUCCCACAGCCCAUCCUCUCCGAAGAUGGAAAUAGAAUCAGAUAUGGAGGACGAGACUACAGUUUGGAUGAAUUUGGUGAGCACAUUGCUGUGGAUUGUAGACUGGUGCAAAGAGUAAUAGCCCGUUUAUGUUGCUGGGUUUAGGGGAGUGGGGUAGACAGAGCCAGGACCCUAAUUACGCCAGAUGAGACUCUGCACAAAUGACAUUAUCUAACAACAGGCACGUUAUAGUAGAGUUUUGCUGGCUUGUCAAGUGUCAAAGUGGACACAUUCUCUUGUCUGCUUUUUUUAAACUCGCUCUUUUUAGGUCAUAGCCAUUUGAGCUUUGAACAAAAAGUUCUAAUAAUUCACUAAUUUCCAUGUAAUACACAAUUAGCUCAAAAAUGCUUAGACAGUGGUGCAAGAAUUUCUCUUCCAAGUUUAUUCUCUCAUUCCCUUCUCUGAGAAGGCUCAGGGAUACUAGGGGUUGAUUUGCAGGGUCCACUAAGUUCCCAUCUGGCUCACGCCCAGGCUUGGGGCCUCACUCGUGCCCAAGCAAUAAUUUAUAAUACAACCUGUCCUUACACAUGAACAGCUAGCCACACUAUGACAGUGACAGAAAUAGGCUUCAUGGAGCAUAAGAGCUACGGUAUGCUGCCAUGCUUGCAGGGGCAGGGAUAUCCAGAGGGGGUGGUAGUGGGGCUGGCCUGCAAGGGUGCUGGACUCCCUGUGGGAUACCCAGGGAACGCUGAGCAAAGACACA